ACUAAGUUAAUAAAAAAAAAAUUAUUAUUUUGUUUCUUUCGGUUAGAAGUAUCCCGUUUGAGUAAAACACUAUUUGUAAAUGAUUUAAUGCAUCCUUCCCCUACAUUUAUAUAUAGCUUGUCCGUCGUCUCGAACUCUUACCCACGAGCUUAAGCUGAAGGUGAAGAGAGGAAGCAAUCUUUCUUCUUCGUAAAGCCCAAAGCCCGUCAUUUGUAGAGAGAGAGAAAUGGAAAUAAUGGAAGGUUUUCACAUGAACAAAGGGAAUGGCGAAACUAGUUAUGCAAAAAAUUCAACAGUCCAGGGCAAAAUAAUAUCCAUUGGAAAAUCAGUGAUGGAAGAAGCACUACUGGAAAUGUUGUGCAAUACCAAAAUUCCUGGGAGUAUUGGCAUAGCAGAUUUGGGUUGCUCAUCUGGACCCAAUGCCUUGGUAGUAAUAUCUGAUAUGCUCGAUAUUAUCCACGCCAAAUGCCAAGAAAUGGGUUGUUCAACACCAGAGAUUAGAGUUUCUCUAAACGAUCUUCCUUGCAAUGACUUCAACAGUAUUUUUGGGUUAUUGCCAGAACUGUACAACAAAAUAAAGGAAGCAAAGGGUGCUGUAGGAUUUGGGCCGUGCUUUAUAUCAGCCAUGCCUGGUUCUUUCUAUGGUAGAUUGUUUCCUUCCAGGAGUCUCCACUGUGUUCAUUCUUCUUCCAGUCUUCACUGGCUCUCUCAGGUUCCAUCCGGUCUAGAGAGAAACAUGAACAAGGGAAAACUGUAUUUGUCGAAGAGCAGCCCAGAGAGCGUGCGGGAAGCAUAUUCGCAGCAAUUCCAGAAGGACUUUUCACUGUUUCUGAAAUCACGUUCUCAAGAAUUGGUCCCUGGAGGUUGCAUGAUAUUGUCAUUCAUGGGCAGGAGAACCUCUGAUCCCACCACUGACGAGAGUUGCUACCAAUGGGAGCUCUUAGCACAAGCACUAAUGACGUUGGUUUCAGAAGGACUAGUUGAGGAGGAAAAGGUGGAUUCUUUCAAUGCUCCAUAUUAUGCGCCUUGUGGAGAAGAAAUAAAGAAUCAAGUAGAGAAAGAAGGGUGUUUCAUUAUUGAUCGCAUUGAAGCAUUUGAAAUUGACUGGGAUGGAGGGUCAUGUGACACGCACUCCCAAUGUUCUCGUGGGCAGAGAGUGGCUAAGACUAUUAGAGCAGUUGUUGAGUCAAUGCUCGAAGCUCAUUUUGGCAGAGACAUAAUGGAUUAUUUAUUUAUUCGUUAUGCAGAGAUGGUGGAUGAUUAUUUGUCUAACAAUAAACGCAAAUACAUCAAUUUGGUUAUUUCAAUGUUUAGAAAUAACAAUUAGCUGCUAGUUAAUUAUAUAACUGUUAUCGAGGAUAUGCCGGUCAGAGUGGGUGUUUUUUUUAAUUUUUAAGUGUUGGGAAGAAUUCGAAUUUAAAUCUAUUUGCUCAUAUAAUUAUCUUUAUGUAUUUAUCAAGUGAAUUAUGUGUACCGUGAAGUUAAAUUUUCAGCAGAUUUUUCUUCCUAAUAAGAUAGUUAAUUAUAUAA